CAGGAUGUAUCUGAAGACUUUCUGACCAAGGUGCUUGAUCUAACCCUCGCCAGAUCAGGAUUGACUCCAGAUCCUCUCCGAUACCAGAUCCUGAUAAAUAAACGUCAUUCCGUCUCUUUGGGAGACAUUUGAAGAUGCUACAAGAAGCAGCCAUGGAUUCUCAAAUUUUCCUUUGGUUUUUUGCUUGUUGGGUUUCUGUGAAUUUUGUAUCAGCAUCAAAAAUUCAAGCCCAUCUGGAUGAAGCUAUGGAGUACUACGAAGGGCACAUAAACUCAGGAUGCACUUCCAACGGGACAAGGACAAUUCUUGGGAAAUUGGAGGAGAUUAUGAUGGAAGUCCAUUUCGAGGGGGACCUCCUCAUUACUAGACACCCUAAUAUUCAAACAUUAAUAUGCAGAAUGAACAACAACGAUUCCAAAGAAUUAUCUAUCGAUAGUAAGAAUGUCUUACUGGAUUAUGAUGCUUCGAGAGAGAGUCACCAUUCCAUGAAUUUUCCAAAAUCGUUCUUGGAGAGUGUCCAAACAACUCCUGCAAAGGAAACAAGGCUUAUCUGCAUUUACCUGAAAGCUUCUUGCCUCUUUCAGGAUAAACAAAACAGCUCCUUGCUGAGUGGUGACAUCUUAGGAGCCAGUCUUGGGAACAUGAGUGUCAGCAACCUUCGUGAACCUGUGGAAAUCAGGUUUUGGCAUAAUCAUUCAUUGGUUAACUUCAGCAAGACCUGCGUGUUUUGGGUGGAAGGAACAGGAGAGGACAACCUGGGGGAAUGGAGAACAGAAGGUUGUGAAACCGACACCAGCCAGGAGCACGUUGUUCUCUGCAAAUGCAGCCAUCUGACUUAUUUUGCUGUCCUUGUGAAACUGUCUCCAGAACCUGUGGAUGAAAGGUUGCUGACUCCUUUAACCUUUCUGAGUGACAUCGGCUGUGGAAUCUCAGCGUCGGCUUGUUUCAUCACCAUCUUCUUAUACCUUCUCUCCAGGAAACUCUAUCACGAUUCCACCACAAAGAUCCACAUCAAUCUCCUGGGCGCCCUUUUCUUUCUCAACGUGUCAUUCUUGAUCAGCAAGACUUUGGUUGACCAUCCGCCGUGGUGCAGCAUCCUGGCUGCCUUCCUCCACUACUCCUUGCUCUGCAGUUUGACCUGGAUGGCCAUCGAGGGCUUCCACCUCUACUUGCUGGUGAUCAGAGUCUACAACUCCUACAUCAGCCGUUACCUGCUGAAGCUGUGUGCUGUGGGGUGGGGGCUCCCUGGAAUCAUAGUCCUGGUCAGCUUCCUUAGCGUGAAGAAGGCUUAUAAUCAGCAUGAUAUCAACACUGGCUCUCAAUACAAUAAAUCUUCCAUAUGCUGGAUCACCUCCCCCAUCUUGAGCCAUAUCACCCUUGCUUAUGUUGGUGGCACCGUGUUAUUCAACAUGGUUAUCUUGGUGUUGGUGGUGCAGAAGCUUAGACAGCUCAGAGCUCACCCCCUUCGUCGGCCUCAGGAACAUACCUGCAAAGAUGUGGGAACCGUUCUUGGAAUGACCUUCCUCCUGGGGACCACCUGGAUAUUGCUCUUCAUGUCCUUUGGGGUCUUCUUAGUUCCACAGAUCUUCCUCUUUACAAUCUUCAACAGCCUCCAAGGAGCCAUCAUCUGUCUUUGGUAUUGCUUUUUACGGUGUCGUUCAGCAUCCAAAAACUCACCUGGAUUCUCUCAGUCAUCGGCAACAUCACCUGGUUUGUGAAGACUCUGGACCAAGGAAGGACCAGAUUCCAAAAAAGACACCUGAGCACUGCAUCCCUAUAUCAUACAUUGGGAGCAUUCUAUUUCCCCCCCUAAGUUAGGCCUGAAAGGAAGGAUGUUUUGUCUUCAUGGCAGUAGAUGGAUGGAAGGAAGGAAGGAAGGA